AGCAUAUAUCUUUGUCGGUGAAUUGUAUCAAGGUCACACCGAUGAUACCAUAGAUCGAAACCUUUGGUGAUCGUUAGUUACCGUCUGUGAAUUGAUACUGUCAGAGCGUUCCCUACCGCAUGCAAGUGCGGACGUGCUGGAUGAGAAUCGCGAAGUAAGCCUGAGUGUUUCAUGGAUUCUGAGCUGAAUCGAAAGAGAACGAUGAGGUGGAUAGCAGCAAUCGCUGGACUGGUUUUCAUUCUGGUCCUGCCACAGGAUACUGAGGCCUUUCCCCAUUCAAAAUGGAAACGAAGUAUAGACCUAAACGACGUCUACCAUUUCAAAGUAAAUCAACAACGACUACCGGACAAAGUUGUACCAACUAGUUACAACCUGGAACUUCAGCCUUUCAUAGGAAAUGACAGAUUUAUGGGUCGAGUGCGAAUCAACGUUAUUUGGACAAACACCACCAACCUAAUUAGUCUGAACGUUCAUCCACAUCUGGAAAUCCGUCAGUCUAGUGUUACGAUCACGGAAGGGUCGUUUGAAGAAAGGGAGAAAGGAUUGCCGCUUUUGGAUGUCCACUUAGCGAAGCAAGAACUUCCAACAGAAAAAAAACCUUUAUUGGUCAUCCACCUUGAGGAGAUGUUAAAAGAAGGCAGUGCUUGUAAGGUAGACAUCACUUUCGAGGGGAAACUCACCACCAAUGAAAGCAGCGGUUUAUUUAAAAACGAGUACCUUGAUUCCAACGGAAAGAUACAUCCAUUCGUUGCUACCAACCUCCGAUUGGACCACGCGCAGAGAGUAUUCCCGUGCAUGGACGAACCUCAUUACAAAGCAACAUUCAAGCUGAGUGUCUUGCGCCCGAAGAACAUGACGGCUAGGUCAAACACCCCUCUAGAAAGCAGUACCGACGCAGUCGGAAAGCCGGAUCAAGUCUGGGACCACUUUGAAGAAACACCGCUAAUGUCAACGUAUCAAGUGGCUUUAGUCGUAUCGGACUUCGAAAGUAUUUCUCCUACAAAAGAAGUGAACGAAAUGAACGGAAAGAAACUGGAAAUUAAGGUUUGGAGCCGGAAAGAAUACUUGGACGCCUUGAAGGAUGUGCCCGAUAAGGUGGUCAGGAUCAUGAAUUACUUGCAAGAUUAUUUCAACAGCUCCAUUGAGUUGCCAAAACUCGACUUAAUGGCGAUUCCACUAUAUAGUGCUACUAAAGCUUCUGACAGUUGGGGUUUGAUGCUUUUCAAAGAAAGUGAACUAAGCAGUCCUUCUUAUUGGAACACAGCCUACGAACUUCUUUAUCAAUGGAUCGGUCAGCUCAUUACGCCAUACCGUUGGAGCGAUACACCAGUCAAUAAAGCACUCAAUUCAUUCUUAGCUUCUAUGGCAACGGUGAAUCUUAACCCGGAAGAAAUGGAAGGAAAGUGGCCAAUGACGAUAUUAUAUUCCCUGUACUACGAAUUCGGAAAGACUGUGCCAUUCUCAAGAGUCGCUGGAAUUAGGAACGAAGCAACGUCAUCGAAAAAGGAACUGAUAUUCCGGAUGUUCAAUUAUACCCUCGGAGAAGACCUGUUCCAAAAAGGAGUCAGAAAUUUCAUUCAACAGGAAUCGAACAGUAACCAGCGAACAUUCUUCAUAAAUGACAUCUAUAACCGACUGAACGACGUAGCGAAUGAAACGAACAGCUUACCGCCGGGUCUAACGAUCACCAGCAUCGCAGAACCGUGGGUCACUCGAGAUAGAGUGCCGUUGGUCACGGUCAUACGGGAUUAUGAAACUAAAAUGCUCAGCAUCAGCCAGAAAGUCUACCUUAGGGAGAGUCUACCUUACACACCGCAAGCCUCGACGCCUAAGAUCUCCUAUCAAUGGGAUAUACCACUCGUGAUGGUGUCGCAAGAAAAAUGGGAAUUUUACAAACCAUGUCCUCAAUGGCUCACGAAAUCAAAUGAACCGAAAAAUCUCACUGUUCAAGACAUCACUGACAAAAAUAACUUCAUCAUUGUCAACCCUGAAGAAAUAGGAUUAUUCCCGGUAAAUUACGACCCCUGCAACUGGAAAAUGCUGUCACAAUAUCUACGAUCUCCCAAUAGGGAAACAAUUCCUGCUUUAACCAGAGCGAAACUUCUUCAUGAUUCCUGGAAUCUAGCAUACGCUGGUGAACUUUGCAUCGGAAUAGCGUUGAAUAUGACUCUCUCUUUAAAAGAAGAACGAAGCCACGUAGUUUGGGAACCUGUCUUUAUGAUGAUCGAUCAUAUUGGAAGACGCAUUGAAGGAUCUGAUGUAUACCCUAAAUUUGAGGCGUAUAUACUUACCCUCCUGACGCCUCUGUAUGUGGAGCUCAAUGAAUCCGUACAACCUAACGAACCAUCUUGGAGAACUCAUAUGCGGAGUCUGGCGAAGCACUUCCUCUGUCGUGCUGGUUACAAACCAUGCGUUAACGAAGCCAGAAACCAGUAUAAGAAAUGGCUGACCGACGACGAUCCGGACAAAGGAAAUCCGGUCGCCAAUGAGUUUCUUUGCCCAGUGUUCAAAUGGGGCACUGAAGAGGAGUGGGAAUUCGGACUUCAACGAGUCAUAAACUUCCCACAAAACAGCCCCGAGAGGAAACAAAAUGAGCGAACGUACCUGUUGAAGAGCCUAUCGGGCUGUCCAAAAGACAAGUAUAAAAUAAAAAGGUUGUUGAAUGUGACGAUUCUGGAUCAAAAUGGCAACUUCACGGACUCCGAUAUUCAUCUUAUAUUCAGCACGUUAACCGGCGGUGCAGCUGGUUACACUACUCUCUUUAAUUUCUUGAACGACCAUUGGGACGUUGUAAAACAGCGAUUCAAGGACAAAAGGCAUCUUUGGAACGGAAUAAUAAAUUCAGCGACCUCUUCUUUCAACACCCAAGAAGGUCUGGAAAUGGUUUCCGAUUUGUACACGACUCGUCAAGGUGAAUUCGACACUGCUGAUCAUAUAAUUGAAGAAGCAUUAAAAAUCAUUAAACACGAAACGGAAUGGAGCGAGAAGAAUCUUCCAGUAAUUGACGCUUGGAUUAAUGAAAACUUACAGUCCGAGGAACUGGAAGUGCUUCAGACAUACACAACGACUUCCGUUCCGGGAUCUUCUGUUCCUAAUAUAUAUAAAUAAGGGUAUGAUUUUUAAUUUAAAGUAAUUAUUAAUAGAGACGUAAAUGUAGAUUUACUCUCAAUUUCCUUCGAAAUAACAUGAUUUAUUCAAAAAGGGAAUAAAAUGUUCAA